AUGGCGAGGACAGACCAGGGUUUAGGUGCGGAAUCGGAGCCUCUGACGAACCAGUCACACAGACACUCGAAUUCGUUCAGCUCGACAGAUUCACUGUCUACCGACGGAUCACUUUUUGGCGAUGACAUGAACGCCACUCAAUUCCAGAAAUCGACGCAAUUACCGGAAGAAACACCGUAUCGCGAUAUCGAGGAAGGCGUGGAAGGCGAGCCAGAAAGCGAUAUAUUAUCGCAUCCGAGAGAUAAAUCGAAAAGAAGUCGGGGAAGUCGAUGGAUAUGGGUAAUAGGAUUAUUAUGUUUGGGUGGUUGGAUACUAGCCUUUAUACUGUUUUGGGGCCGGCGGAAUAAUAACAGUGAUAUAAGCUCCUCUGUUGCAGCCGUUCACGACGCCGAAAGUGCGACAGGAGCUACAAGUUAUGGGAAACCGCUGACUUUGGACAGCGUCCUCAAUGGUUCAUGGGGCAGAAGGAAGCAUUCAAUAUCCUGGGUUGCAGGACCAGAUGGCGAGGACGGGCUUUUGCUUGAACGUGGCGAGGAUGGAAAGAAAGGAUACCUCCGAGUGGAAAGCAUACUCAGUCGUCAGAACGAGACUGAUGCUGAUGAUGGGUUGAUUCUUAUGGAGUCUGGUACUAUCGAGGCCAAUGGUAAAUAUUUGCAGCCAUCGGAGACUUGGCCGAGUCCGAACUUCAAGAGCGUGCUUGUUGCUGUGGAUGCAGUGAGCAACUGGCGGUAUUCCUUCACUGCUACAUAUUGGCUUUUUGACGUGAAGACUCAGACGGCCCAACCCCUUGAUCCCGACGCACCCAAGGGCCGCAUACAGCUUGCUUCGUGGUCUCCAAACUCCGAUGCGGUCGUUUUUACUCGAGACAAUAACUUGUAUUUGAGAAGAUUGGACUCGACUACAGUCACCCAAAUCACAAAAGAUGGCGGCAAAGACGUCUUUAAUGGUAUCCCCGAUUGGGUCUAUGAAGAAGAAGUUUAUGGCUCAGACACCGCAACUUGGUGGUCUAAUGAUGGCAAAUAUGUUGCGUUCUUGCGUACAAAUGAAUCCAUGGUACCUGAAUUUCCUAUAGAGUAUUACAUGUCACGGCUAUCAGGAAAACAUCCUUCUCCUGGGCUGGAGAAAUACCCGGAUGUACGCAAGAUCAAGUACCCAAAAGCUGGGGCUCCCAAUCCAGUUGUGACGCUUCAGUUCUACGAUGUCGAAAGUACCGAUGUCUUUUCUGUCAACGUCUCGGGAGGUUUUGCUGAUGACGAUCGUCUCAUAACUGAAGUCGUUUGGGCUUCGGAAACAAAAGUCCUGGUCAAGGAAUUCAAUCGAGAGAGUGACGUUGUCCGCACAGUACUCAUUGAUGUUGGUUCAAGGAGUGGAGAUGUUAUCAGAGUGGACAAUUUUGCGCAAGACGAUGGAGGUUGGGCUGAAGUGACUCAGUCAACUACAUUCAUUCCCGCUGAUCCGGCAAAUGGUCGACCGGACGAUGGUUACCUUGAUAUCGUUGUCCACGACGGUUAUGACCAUUGGGGCUACUUCACACCUGUCAACAAUUCGCAACCUAUUCUUCUCACGUCUGGACCAUGGGAGGUCGUUGAUACACAACCUGCAGUUGACCUUCGUAACGGCAUCGUAUACCUUGUUGCGACUAAAGAAUCGCCAACUCAGCGACACGUCUACAGCGUCAAACUCGAUGGCUCAGACUUCCAAGCGAUGACUGACACUUCGAAAGCCGGCUACUAUGAUGUUUCUUUCUCGAUCGGUGGUGGAUAUGCACUGCUGAGCUAUGAAGGACCGCACAUCCCGUGGCAGAAGUUAGUCAAUACACCGAGCAACCAACAACAUUUUGAAGAAGUUAUCGAGCAGAACGAACACCUAUUUAGCAUGAUUGAGAAAUAUGCCUUACCUGCUGAAAUAUAUCAGAACAUUACCAUAGACAACAUCACAUUACAAGUUGUUGAACGACGACCACCACAUUUCAACCCAAUCAAGAAAUACCCCGUUCUAUUUUGGCUCUACGGAGGACCAGGUUCGCAAAGCGUGGACAGGAAAUUCAUGGUAGACUUCCAGUCGUACGUCUCUUCAACACUGGGCUAUAUCGUGGUCACAGUAGACGGCCGGGGAACCGGCCAUAUCGGACGCAUAGCCAGAACAAUAGUUAGAGGAAACCUGGGCUUUUGGGAAGCUCGCGAUCAGAUCGAAACCGCCAAAGCAUGGGCGAAAAAACCGUACGUGGAUAAAGACCACAUAGCUAUCUGGGGCUGGAGUUAUGGAGGCUUCAUGACCCUCAAAACAUUGGAACAGGAUGCAGGACAGACUUUCCAGUACGGCAUGGCAGUCAGUCCGGUAACUGACUGGCGGUUUUAUGACUCUAUAUAUACCGAGCGAUACAUGCACACCCCCGAGCAUAACCCUACUGGCUAUGAGCACAGCGCAAUUUCGAAUAUGACGGCAUUGCAGCAAAACGUUCGAUUCCUUAUCAUGCAUGGCACGGCAGAUGAUAACGUGCAUUUCCAGAAUACCUUGUCUCUGAUUGAUAAAUUGGACAUGGGGGGUGUUGAGAACUAUGAUGUGCAUGUAUACCCGGAUUCGGAUCAUAGUAUAUAUUUCCACAAUGCACAUAAGAUGGUUUAUGACCGCCUGUCUUCUUGGUUGGUGAAUGCUUUUACGGAUGAAUGGCAUCAUGUUGGAAGUGCUUUAGCAGCGACGUAGGGGAGAAGGUUGAGUCGACGUUGCGAUUAUAUAUAUGAUCGACUCUCUACUGAUAGGUUACUCGAAAGAGACGCUUCUGUCCGGACAGCGAGCCGACUAUAUUUGUUGUCAUGAUCAAGCACGGCGUUCAGGUUACUUAUUUGGAUAGAUCAAUGAUAGCUAGCGGCCGCCAUUGAAGGAUAAAUCAUUAUACUCUACCAAGUCUCCGAGUCACCAAGUCAUUGUACAUCUUUAAGAUUGCCAACCAUCGAAAACAUCCACAAAUUUCACCGCGGCUUUUAGAUAGUAACCUUCCAAGUCCUCCCAUGCCUCUCCUAGCUCUCUCAAAACGCGCAAAGUCGACACAAAAUAUGCAUCCAUUGCAUGCGGACCUUUCAAAGCCUGUUGCCUAAUCCAAUUCCAGUCCUUGCCUUCCAUAUCAUACCCCUCAAUAAGAUCAAAGUCGAUAUCCGGCCGUAACUGGGCCACAUAUAUUGCCAACGUGGUCAGCCACCACUGCUGCACAAGUGAGAUGUGUACUUUCCCAGGAAUAUGAGGGAAAAGCACCUGAAUCGCAUGACUCAUUAGUAGUGGAUACAAGAGGCAUUUGUCAUAUUUGUUUUCUGAGUUUGAAGUCCCCAGAAAGAGUGAGACGAUAGCCUUCUGGCUAUCACGGAAAUGGGUUGUUAGAUCGGACGGGAACAUCCAUGCAUUGCAGUGAUCUAGUAAUGCGGCUUCGUGGUCACGGAAGAUGAUUGCCAUGUUGUGUUCUCCGGGCGUUAUCAGGGCUUCAUUGGUAAAUCUUUCAUCUGUGCGGACUUUACCAAGGAUCUCGGGAACAGAAGGAGUCUUGUAUAUUGGCUCUGCUUGAAAGUAAGAUGGAUCAUCGGAAUAUUUGAGAAUGUCGUUGUCAUAAUAAGCAGUUGCCACGAGUGUCAGGGCUUCCAUUGCAAUGUCCUUGAUGGACAUUUGCAGUGCAAGCGCGAGGUGUAUCAAGG